GGGUUUUUUCCCCAAGAAGGAAAGGGGCACACCGAACAGAUAGCAAAAUGAAAACAAUUCCAUUGUUUAUCUGGAUAAUUCUGUGCCAUGACGCAUCCAGCGACUGUGGCUGCCAGAAUCCUGACCGGAAGACGACAUCCGAUAAGCCAGCGCUGCCAGAGCAAGUGUGCCACCAGCGGGAGCAUGGCGCCCACAGCCACUAUCGGGAUUAUUAUGGCGAACUGGAGACGGAACCAGAAGUCGUGGAUAUGUCGCUCAUUCCCGGAGGCACCGUCUUUGUGGGCACCGACAAUCCACACUUCCCGGCAGACCGCGAGGCUCCGGAGCGACAGGUGAAGCUGGAAGACUUCUUCCUGGACAAGUACGAAGUGUCUAACGACGCCUUCGCGGAAUUUGUGCUGGCCACCAACUACACAACGGAAGCGGAACGCUUUGGCGACAGUUUCCUGUUCAAGACCCUGCUAAGUACCUCGGAGCAGAGGGACUUCGAGGACUUCCGUGUGGCGAGCGCCGUCUGGUGGUACAAGGUGCCCGGGGUGAGCUGGCGCCACCCCAAUGGCGUGGACAGCAGCCUGGACAACCUGGGACGACACCCGGUGGUGCACGUCUCCUGGCGCGACGCCGUGGAAUACUGUUCUUGGGCUGGCAAGCGUUUGCCCAGCGAGGCAGAGUGGGAGGUGGCGUGUCGCGGCGGCAAGGAGCGAAAACUGUUCCCCUGGGGCAACAAGCUGAUGCCAAGGGACGAGCACUGGCUGAACAUCUGGCAGGGCGACUUUCCCGACGGCAACCUGGCCGACGAUGGCUUCGAGUACACGUGCCCCGUGGAUGGCUUCCGGCAGAACGUCUACGACCUGCGCAACAUGGUGGGCAACGUCUGGGAGUGGACGGCGGAUUUGUGGGACGCGAACGACGUAAGCGAAAACCCGAAUCGGGUAAAGAAGGGUGGCUCCUACUUGUGCCACAAGUCCUACUGCUACCGAUACAGGUGCGCGGCUCGCUCCCAGAACACCGAGGAUAGCUCUGCCGGCAACCUGGGCUUUCGGUGCGCCAAGAACGCAUGAGUUAUAAUGUUGGAUUAUCAUAUAUAUAUUUUGUACAUGCAAAAUAUUUCUAUUGUAACAUUUUUAAAGCAUAUAAAAGAAAAAUAUAGUAUAUUAAGUCUAUAAAAGAAAAAUAGAAGAGGUCCGAAAGACUUAUCAGCCCAAAACCGGAAAAGUUAAGAUCCGAAAAUAUAUACAUAUGGGUUAUAUCCGCCCCAAAUUGGUUAAGAUAGGUUAUUAAUAAGGCACUUGGUAAUGUUGAAUUCGUACAAGAAAAAUGUUUCGGGUCUACAUUUUUUUUUGUAUAUAAAAGAAAUAAAGAAUAACUAAAAUUAAAAAAAA